AUGAAGAGAACCAACUUCACAGGGGUAAGAGAGUUUGUCUUCCAAGGUUUCUCCAAUUUUCAAGAAUACCAGCUCACACUCUUCGUUGUCUUCUUUGCCCUGUACCUCCUGACUCUGGCUGGCAAUGUCAUCAUUGUGACCAUUAUCCGCAUUGACCACCACCUUCACACCCCCAUGUAUUUCUUCUUAAGUGUUCUCUCCACUUCAGAGACUUUCUAUUCCCUGGUUAUCAUCCCACGAAUGCUUGGUAGCCUUGUGGGUCUGAGCCAAACCAUCUCCCUGGAGGACUGUGGUACACAGCUCUUCUUUUUCCUUGGAUUUGCAAUCACAAACUGUCUCCUGCUGGCAGUCAUGGGUUAUGAUCGCUAUGUGGCCAUCUGCAACCCACUUCGUUAUACGAUCAUCAUGAAUUGGAGGGUGUGCACCAUUCUGGCAUCUUCAGUCUGUGCUACGGGAUUCUUUUUCUCACUCAUCCAGGCUGUGUCCAUUUUCAGGUUGCCUUUUUGCAACUCACUGAUUGAACAUUUCUUCUGUGAUGUCCGACCUAUUUUGGAUCUGGCCUGUGAAGUGCCAGUGGUCAAUGAUAUCUUGACAUUAGUUCUCAGCCUCUUGGCCAUCACAGCACCUGCCACUUUUCUAUUUGUCUCCUAUGUCCUCAUCAUCUCCACCAUACUCAAGAUUGCCUCAGCUGAGGGCCGGAAGAAAACUUUUGCCACCUGUGCCUCCCACCUCACUGUGGUUGUGAUCCACUAUGGCUGUGCCUCCAUUGCCUACUUCAAGCCCAAGUCAGAGAACACCAGGGACCAGGACCAGCUGAUCUCAGUGACUUACACUGUUAUAACACCUCUGCUAAAUCCCGUCGUGUAUAGUCUGAGAAACAAAGAAGUUCAGGAUGCCCUGCGGAAAGUGAUGGGUAGGAAAUCCCUAUCAUAG